CAAAGGCGGUUGAAAAUUUCCUCCUUAAGUCCCUCAGGUAGCCCAUGUAUAUUUGCAGGAGGUGGAUCAACGUCCUUACCCAGAGUAGCGUUGAUGCCUAACUGUUGUUCGCAGCUCUCUCAGCCAGCCUUAUUGUGCUUCUCGAAAGUAAGGAGUACUGCAGGCUUGGCAUUUAGAAGAUCCGCAGAGGGAUGCCAGAGGUCAAGGUGGAGCACAGUGAAAGUGUGCUGUGGAGGGAGUUUUGAGGACGGGCUCAUCCGUCUGAAGUUGGCAAUCCCCUAUCACUGUAACUUCGGCCAGCAUCUAUGCAUCGUGGGAUCGACAGAGAGCCUGGGUGGCUGGAACAUCGAUCAGGGUGUACCCAUGGAAUGGUCUGACGGGGAUCUGUGGAGCGCUGACUUUGACCUCCCUCUACAGCUUGGGACGGAACUAGAGUACAAGUAUGUGGUGCGGAGCGAAGAUGGAUCUGUUUAUUGGAAGCCUGGGUGCAACCUCUGCAUACGGAUCCCUGUCAGCGAUGCAGAGCGCUGGUCCCCGGGCUGUAUUGCUGUCAGGGAUGCUUGGGAUGAUUCAUCCAGAUACAUAGAGGUUGGUGUAAGGGAGGCAGGUAAUGAGGAGGAGUUGGUCUCCCUGUCAAUGGAGCGAGCGAUGAGGGAGCUUGACUCUGUCAUUACCCAUGCCUUUGGCAUGCAGGAAAAUGAUUUGGAUCCUUUCUCGCCGGAGCUGCUGGCAGCGGAUCGAGCGGUGGCGGCUGCAGCUCGGCACGCCAUUGCUCUUAGAAAGGCCCUGAAGGGGACGUCAGCACCGUUGAAGUCUCUCAAGCCCACAGAAGGAGAAGGCGCUGGAGAACCUUCAGAUGUGCGUGAUGGAAAUUAGCUCAAGUGCCUCCUCCUGUAUGAGCUGACUCAGCUGAGUGUACUGCCUCAGCGCUGGGAUGCAGCUCUGCAUGUGGGAGCUCACUGUGUCUCGUCGAAUGACACUGACACGCUGUACACUUUGAAACCUCCAGUGGGUGCGAGUGAUGUGACAUCAACCUCACCAUUGAUGAAUGUACUAUCUGCUUGCUCGAUGCUAUGAUUAUACAGGGUGCCUUCGUUCAAAUUAGCGCCUCAGCAAGAUUGGAUGUCAGUACUUGUGCAUGUCUGCCAGUUAUUCUGUAAUUGUUGCUUUGCAGAUUACAGACUAUUAAAAUUAUGAGCGCUUUGCACAGCUACUGGAAGUGCCAUUUACAUGAUAUUGCAGAUGCAGACAGUGGUACUGAUAUCAGGACAGAUGCUAGCAUCAAAUUAACCAGAUUCAUCAACC